UCCAAAUCAUUAACUAUCAACAACUUUUUUUUUUUUCUGAAAAUGCGUGAAUCUUUAAACCCCGGAAAGAUGAUUGAUGUGGACAAAGCGCUUGCCCGCAAAAAACAAAUGUGUCCAAAUGUGGCUUUGAAGAAAAGGAGCCUGCUUUCAACCUGAUCAGAAACUUGGUUUUGAAGGGAGAGCGCCCCGCCCUCCUGCUCCUUAUAACCAGAAAGCCUUUUCGCUGGACGCUCUAACAUAACAGGAACACUGGAGAUCACACCGCUGUACAUGAACCAGUCCUGGAGAAGAACUCUGGCUACAAAGACUUUAAGGAUUACACUGGUUGUUUCACCUUUUGACAAAGAGCAGACGACCAGAAGUGGCCAUGGAUUUUCUCAAUCACAACUAUUUGAAUGCGCGCAGCCCCUAUGACUAUACUUUUAAUUUCUGGAAUGACUAUCUGGGGCUGACGACUUUGGUUACGAAGAAUAAUAAGCUCAGCAUGCCUCAGAAUCCCAACUCCAUCACCGAGUCCCUGAAGGCGACCCUGGGCUUGGAUGAUUCCCCGGCGUGUCCGUGCGUAAUCGCGGGCGGCGUUGGGGAAAGCGGGCACCUGGACUGCUGCUGCCCGUCCGGGAGCCCCCCACCGGCCUCCAUCCUGGACUUGAAAGAGCGUUUCUCUAUCCUGAGCCCCUUCCAGAACCAGCUCGGCGUCCAGCUGCCGGAGCGCGAAGUGGGCUUCAGUGGGAGCUUCGCCGGGUUCGAUCUGUUCGGCGUGGAGAGGAAGAUGCGUAAACCCGCUUCCAGGAGCAAGCAGGAGCCCAAAAUCUGCGUCUUCUGCCGAAAUAACGGAGCGCCCGAGGAAGUGUACGGCUCCCACGUCCUGAAGACCCCGGACGGAAGGGUUGUGUGCCCGAUUCUGAGGGCUUAUACCUGUCCCCUGUGCAGUGCCAACGGGGACAAUGCCCACACGAUAAAAUACUGUCCACUGUCAAAAGACCAGCCAUCCCAGCGACCAUUAAAGGGAGGGAGGGCUGUGGGUGGUAAGAGGAUGAAAAUAUUCUAAACAAACAAGACUAUAAAGUAAAUUGAAUUGCACUGAACAAUUUCCAGAUGACUGUUUUGAUUUCGGCUCUUGCCUUUAUCCCAGUUUCAUAAACAUAUUGAUUUUUAUCUUUUUUUUUUCUCUCUCUCUCUCUAAGAUCUCUUAUAUUUUUAUAGUUCCUUUAUCCACAUAGAAUAAUUUUAUGCUUUAUACAUUGGAUUUAUUUUUCUUUCUAGUUUAUAGUCAUUUGAGCGUGUGCAUAUAAAUACACCUAGAUGUAUCAAUAAUCACAAGUGUGAAUAAAUUUCUAAAAAAAAAAAAACAACAAAAAAACAAGUAUUUUCGUCAUGUAGGGAAACACACUGACAUUGGCAAAGGGUAUGAAUGUCAUAUUUCUACCAAGUAUUUUUGUACAGUGAGCUAAGCUCGCUACAAUUUUCUUUCUCAUCUUAGAAAACCAAAGUUAUGUUUGCCAUGAUAGAAGCUCAAGAAUGUGUCAUUAAUGAAUACAUGUGUGCGUCUGACUGGAGGAGGAACUCUUUGAUCCAUCUGCCUGCCCAGAAACUCCACAACAUAUUUUCCAACUUGCUCGAAAAGUUGACAUUCAAUCUGUGAGGCAGGAAGAAAAAAAGACAAUGUAGCCUCUGUUUAGGGCACAUAGUCUCUGGGGAACAUUAUAAUCAAUUGUUGCCAAGCCAAACCUCUUUUCCAAUAGCCUAUGUGAUGAGAAAGUUAUCUGACUUUACAAGCAGUCAGUACGCUUAAAUGAGAGAUACUAGCCUACAGUUUUUAUGUUUACAUUCCCAAGUAAGGGCCACACACUGGAUUUCUUUUGUCUGUCAGGUCUCUCUUGUGCUAUAGUGAUAUUUUUGUUCUGUUUUGCUUUGUUUUGCCCUGACAAAAUAUUCACCAGAGAGUCUCCUGGGCAGAUCUGCUCUGCAAAUGAAGUGGAGUCGAGUCCCAUCUACCUUUCACUCUGUCUAGGAGUGAAAAAGAGCAAAUGAAUGUUAGUAAACAACAACAUGUUUUCAGAAUUAUAUUGUUCCUGAAGAAUCCAAAAAAAAGAUGCAAAAAUGUUGUGAAUGUAUGAUUGAAAGUGUCACUUGCAGGACUGCACAUUUCUGACAGUUUUGUUUACCAAAGGAAUACAAUUGCAUUGAAGAAAGAAGAGAGAUUUGCUGUAUUGUAUAUAAAGUGAUGUUUAUUCAGUAUUUUAACAUUACAAGUGACUUCAGAGGGCACUACCUCAACAGGAUUUUGUACUUACAUGUAAAAUGUCAACAGCAGUUUAUUGAUAUAGUGCUGCCAUUUAUAAUAAGGGUUUUGAUAGUAUUUUUGAUCUUUGUAUAACAUAAUUGUAUUUUCAUUUUGUUGCAUUUAACAUUAUGGAAGUGAAUUUCCAAGAAGCUAUAAGCAUUGUUCACCAAAAGGUGAUUGUCUGUAAAUAAUGAUUAUGCCCAUACUUUUUAAAGUUUAGUUGUUCAAUGUUACAUUUUUGGAGAAGUGUGCAAGAGUGGAUAUUGAAAAAGGCUGACAAAAUUUGCCACUUUUAACAGAGGUUUUUGAUUAAAUGAAUAAGAGAAAAAGAAACACUGUUGAACUUUGUUAUUUAUAUUUUACCACAAUUUCCUGUAUGCUGCUGUGCAGAAUAACAACAUAUGAAUUCACUAGAGAAAUAAAAACUUAUCAAAUA